CGUAAGCCCGCGACCCAUUCGUUUCCCAAUACCCGAAACGAGAAAAAAAAAAAAAGGCUGCCACCCCUUGCCUUGACUUUCUACCUGAAUCUUUUCUGGCACAUUGAGACAGCUCGCAUGCUUGUGUAAGAGGCAACACACGAGCAUCUCAUCAUGGCGGGCUCAGACGAGUCUGCCACCACCACAACCACCACCACCAACAACCCCUCAUCGACAACAGCCACCGCCGCCGCCGCUCCCGCUGCCGAUUCGGAGGCAGCUGACCAGCUACCGAAUGGCACUCGUGCACCAGAUGCAACCGCAACUGCAACCGCGACUGCAACUGCACCUACGCUUACGCAAAAGCAAACUUCUGCUGCGGCCAUGACGAGCGACAUGCCCGAGGUGGACGACUUCGGCCUACCCAUCAGACGAUACGUGUCACCGCCGCCCGAGGAGACCGAUCAGACGACCGACGCUCAAUCUCAACCGAACGAAUCCCAACCGAAGCCAGUCCACGAUGGGCAGAUUGCAGACGGAAGCAACGAGACAGCUCCUUCAACGGUGAAGAAGGAAGUGAACGGCAAAGACGGCGAGUCGGAAAGUGACGAUGACGAAUUCAAGGACGCUCAAUCCGAGCAGCCGGCCACAGCCGUUGUCUCCGGGACGACCUCGAAUACACCAUCAACCCCUGUAACUUCAAAUAUGGACAAAGACGAGGCCAAGGACAAGAUUGUGAUAACUGGGACGGAUGAAGAAAAGGCCAACGACCAGGAUGUUACAGCAGUCGAAAAAGUCGAGCAAGAGCCCAAGGUCCAGGCCAAAGAGGUGGUCGUCGCCAAGACCAGUAUGGAGAAACCAUCAACAAUAGAAGCUCCAACAACCACCAAGAACGAGAGCAAAGACAAGGGCGUUACAACAAACGGCGAAACCGGUCGCAUCGAAUCAAAGGAGUCACAAAGGACAACAGCAGAAGCCAAGCCCAGCGAUCCCGAGCCGCAGCAGCCAGGAUCACCUGCAAAGCUCGUCGACAAGGCAGACGAACCCGGGCCCAAGGUGGCAGAGCCUCCUUCUCCUAAAGCGCAGCACAAGAGGGACCAGAGCAAUGCUAGCAACGUUGGCGUCUCGGAGUUCUCUCAUCAACAACUGACGUCAGACAAAAAGGAGGACGAUGACAAUGAUGACGGCGACUGGCAAACGAUGCCCGCAUUCGCCCCGUACGAUAUUUAUGACGAUGACAACAGACUUGUCGCAAAGGAGUUCAAGGAGGAUGAAGUUGACGAAACCUACGGCUACGGUGGCCUCGGCGGUGCAGGAAAGGGAUAUACCCGCGUAAUUAUGGACGAUGACGCCGAAUCAGCAACGAGCAUGGACGACAAUACCCAAUACCUCUUCAAAGAAGUGAAUGGCACGAGUAUCGGCGAAGACGAUAGCGAGGCCCGUGAUGCCGUCUCUCAGAUGCAGGCGACUAAGGACCUGCUGACGGAAGGGCAGAGGAUUGCCUACGUGGGGUUGACGAGACUAGAGGUUCACAAUAUGGUCAAGGAGGCCGAGAGCGUCGAACACACAAGGAGCGCAAAGAAGGACGUCACAAUGUCGGCCGAAGCAACCAAGAUGUGGGGUCAGAAGAUGAUGGUCCGUCUCUACACUCACAUGGACAUCAGCUCUGCCGAGCAAAUCAUGGUUGAACAACUCAGCGACCACGGCGUGGUGCCGUCGGACUUGACUCCGAUAUUGAUGGCCAACGCCCGUGUCAAGAACCCCAUGGCCGACGACGAAGACGAAACGCGCAGCUGUCUCUCCGUCACAUCGCCGAGAGAAUCCCGUAGCUCGCUUUCCGUAACCUCGCCGAGGAGUAUGGGCCCCCCUUCACCCGCACUGUCCCAAAAUGAGAAAGCAGCCGAGGCGCCACCGCCAUACGAAGCGCACGAAGGAGAGGAGCUGCCCCCCGUCAAGACCCCGGCUCAAAUGGUCACUUCUGACAAAAUCGACAUUGACCUGCGUUGGACGGUGCUCUGCGACUUGUUCCUUCUUUUGAUUGCCGAUUCGGUGUAUGAUUGCAGAUCAAGAAUUCUCUUGGAACGGGUCGGUAAGAGUCUUCAAAUCGACUGGUUGGAUGUCAGAAAGUUUGAGAAGAAGGUGACGGACGCGCUGGAGAUGCAGCAGGCCGCAGAGCAGGAGAAUUGGAACGAGGAUGAGCAUAUGGAGCACCGAAGAAAACAAGCUCUCAAGAAGCGCUACAUGAUGAUGGGGUUGGCUACCGUGGGUGGUGGUCUGGUCAUUGGCCUCUCGGCGGGUCUCCUCGCUCCCGUCAUUGGUGCUGGAUUGGCUGCUGGCUUCACAACCAUUGGAGUCACGGGCACUUCUACCUUUCUCGGAGGAGUCGGCGGAGCUGCCAUCAUUACUUCCAGUGCCGCGGCAUCCGGUAGCGUUAUCGGUGGCCGAGCGGCAAACAGGAGGACGGGAGCCGUCAAGACGUUCGAGUACCGGCCGCUGCACAAUAACAAGCGAGUGCAUCUCGUCGUUACGGUGGCCGGAUGGAUGACGGGUAAGGUGGAUGACGUCCGUUUGCCAUUCAGUACCGUGGAUCCUAUCAUGGGCGACUUGUACUCCGUCUACUGGGAACCGGAGAUGUUGAGGAGUAUGGGUGACACCAUCAACAUCCUCGCUACAGAGGCCCUGACGCAAGGUCUCCAACAAGUCCUGGCAAGCACAAUCUUGACCAGUUUGAUGGCUGCCCUAUCAUUACCCGUCGUCUUGACGAAGCUGGCGUACCUGAUUGACAACCCUUGGAGUGUAUCGCAAGACAGGGCCUGGUCUGCAGGUCUCAUUCUGGCGGACUCUUUAAUCGACAGAAACCUGGGAACGCGCCCAAUCACACUUGUUGGAUAUUCACUUGGUUCAAGAGUCAUCUUCUCCUGCUUAUUGGAGCUGGCGAGAAAGGGGGCUUAUGGCCUGGUUCAGAACGUCUACCUGUUCGGCUCCCCCUUGAUCAUCAAGAAGGAUGAAUACCUCAGAGCCCGCACUGUUGUUCCAGGAAGGUUUGUCAACGGAUACAGCAGCAAUGACUGGAUCCUCGCCUACCUAUUCCGUCUGACUGGCGGUGGCCCUCGCAAGGUGGCUGGUCUGGCCCCUAUUGAGGAUCUACCAUGGAUCGAGAACUUUGAUGUCACAGAAUUUGUCAAGGGUCACAUGGAGUACCGUAAGGCUAUGCCGCGUCUCCUCCGAGAGUGCGGAUGGCUCGUGGAGAGCGACGAAUUCACCGAAAUCGAAGACGCCGACCCCGAUAAUCACCAAGAGCGUCAGCGAGAGCUCAUCAACGAGAUUGAGGAAGCUCGCAAGGAGCUCGAGAGGGAGGGGCAGAAGAAGAAGAGUCGAUUUUCCAUCUUUGGACGAGGGAAGAAGGCAGACAAGGAAAAGUGGGAGAUUUACGAAGACUCGGCAAAGGAUGGAAGUAAGCCGAACCCGAGGACGGAAGAUACGGAGGGUAACAACCACGGUGUACUGUUUGACGUGGAGGCGAUCCGAGCCGAAGUCGCAAAGACCGCAACAACACAGGAGGAGCCCGAAGAGUUCCAAGUAAAGGAGCUCAAGUCUACACUUCCCCCCAUGAGGCUCGACCUCAGCUCGUCAAACGGAUCGCUCAACCCGCGAGACAGCCUGCGCGAGACGAAGAGCGCGUACGCGGUGCCGGGACGGGCCUCGUACGAGACGACGGGGUCCUACUCGUACACGCCCGAGAGGACGCCGACUUUCCAGGGAAGUCAGACGUUCCCGCCCACACAGAGGUCCGUGUCGCCGUACCACGCGGCGCCGUCCCCGCUCGAGGAGGAGGUGGAGAUGACGUUUGACACUUCCUUUCACGAUCCGCCGCCCGCGCCGCGCCCGCCGCCGAAAGACGACCCUGUCUCUUCUCCUCCCCCACCGCCGCCGUCACGGCCGGAGAUGAAGUCGGCGCAAACGGUGCCUAAUAUGGGGGCGUCGAACCCCUGGGCGGACGUUGAUGACGAUGAUGAUUUUGGCAAAGAGAAGGAGAUUGAGAUGACUUUUGCAUAAUGUCGGCCGAAAUCCAGAUGAAUGGAAAGCAUGGGGCAUGGCUUUUGGUGGCGUAUGAUUAAUUUUUUGCAAGCGAAGUGGAACUUGCUUCGUACGAAAGUGGUGCAGUGGUCUCUAUCACUCUCCCUCUCCCCCUCCCUCCCUGCUUGAGCAAGAGGUUUGCUUUUCCCCAGAUUUGGGGGUUCACCUUUGAAAAAGCCGUGGUUACAGCUCACAUGACAACAAAGCACGCUGUAUUUGUUACACGACUGGGGCAGGAGAUGGUGCUUGUUGGGUUUUCUUGGGUAGCGAUUUUGGAAGGGGUUUUAUUUUACGACUACUAUAAAGCCCCCGUAGACCGUUCGAGUAUAUAAUUUCCACCGUCUGCGAGGACGGUUGCAAAGUAAUACAGGCAAAGAGAGGAAAAUCACAAUCUCUUU